CUCUUCCUCUGGCGUCGGUUCCGCUCGCACAGCUCUCUCUCCGCUGCCGCCGCUCCUCGCCGCCGCUCUCGCCCGUCUGCGCUCCGGGCCGCUCGGGCGUUUUCUCUCUGCCUUAAAGUCGGGUGUCUUUUAUGAAUAAUCAAAAGCCGCAGAAGCCGACACUAUCGGGCCAGCGUUUUAAAACCAGAAAGAGAGAUGAAAAAGAGAGGUUUGACCCUACUCAGUUCCAGGACUGUAUUAUUCAAGGUUUAAGUGAAACUGGCACUGACUUGGAGGCAGUAGCAAAGUUUCUUGAUGCUUCUGGUGCAAAACUUGACUAUCGCCGCUAUGCAGAAACACUUUUUGACAUCCUGGUGGCUGGUGGAAUGCUGGCCCCAGGUGGUACCUUGGCAGACGACAUGACACGCACAAACGUCUGUGUAUUUGCAGCACAGGAAGACCUAGAAACCAUGCAAGCAUUUGCUCAGGUUUUUAACAAGCUCAUCAGGCGUUACAAGUACCUGGAGAAAGGCUUUGAAGAUGAAGUCAAAAAGUUGCUGCUGUUCCUGAAAGGGUUCUCAGAAUCUGAGCGGAACAAACUGGCCAUGCUGACGGGUAUUCUGCUGGCCAAUGGGACACUGAAUGCAUCGAUUCUCAACAGUCUUUACAAUGAGAACUUGGUUAAAGAAGGUGUUUCUGCAGCUUUUGCAGUCAAGCUCUUCAAAUCAUGGAUAAAUGAGAAAGAUAUUAAUGCAGUGGCUGUCAGUCUUCGCAAAGUAAACAUGGAUAAUAGACUGAUGGAACUCUUCCCAGCCAACAAACAAAGUGUUGAACACUUCUCUAAGUACUUCACUGAAGCAGGACUAAAAGAACUUUCUGAGUAUGUUCGGAACCAGCAAUCCAUAGGAGCUCGGAAGGAGCUGCAGAAAGAACUGCAGGAGCAGAUGUCGCGGGGAGAUCCGUUCAAGGAUAUCAUCUUGUACGUGAAGGAGGAGAUGAAGAAAAACAACAUCUCGGAACAGACUGUGGUAGCCAUAAUCUGGUCAAGUGUAAUGAGCACAGUGGAAUGGAACAAAAAGGAGGAGCUGGUAGCAGAGCAAGCCAUUAAGCAUUUGAAGCAAUACAGCCCUCUACUUGCUGCCUUCACCACCCAAGGUCAGUCAGAGCUGACUCUUCUGUUGAAGAUUCAGGAGUAUUGUUAUGACAACAUUCACUUCAUGAAGGCCUUCCAGAAAAUAGUGGUGCUCUUCUAUAAAGCUGAAGUUCUGAGUGAAGAACCCAUCUUGAAGUGGUACAAAGAUGCACAUCUUGCUAAAGGAAAGAGUGUUUUUCUGGAGCAGAUGAAAAAGUUUGUUGAAUGGCUCAAGAAUGCUGAAGAAGAGUCGGAGUCUGAAGCUGAAGAAGGUGACUGACCUGAGAAACUCUGUCCUCAGUAAAGCAAACAGGAGCUGUAGAUAAGUGUCAUGUCUCAUGUGUCCUUCUGAUUCUUACAUCCUACCUCCCUGUAUCAAGCAUGAUAUAAGGGCUCUCAUGGCAAUUUAUUUUAACUGUUUUCUAUAGUUAUUGAAAUACUGGAUUUAGUUUUUAAAACCACGUUCAAGUAGCUUACUGGAGCUGUUAUAGAUUUGACUCUAACCUGCAUUUGUCCUUUCAGUUACCUUCUACCUCCUGUAUUUUCUACUGUAAUACUGUCAUUUAAAGCCUUCCACAGUGAAAUCCACCUUACCCCUUGGAAUUUCUAUCUGUAUUGGAGUAGAUGUGAUAUGGUGAAUGAGACAGGGCAGUUCUGCUUGCAGAUUAAACUGUAAAAAGUCUCCAAGUGAAUCAACCAUGGCUUGUGUGGCACUGCAGUCUGUAACACUUACUCCAAAUAGCCUCUUUCAUCAGUGGCUGUCCAUGUCCCCAAGUACUCUGUCAUCCCUUUACUAGACUUCCAGCAUAAAGCAAUCCUCUAUUCCAACUGCAGGGUGAGGUGGGUGCCCCACUCCUGCAAGCUAUUGGAGAGAAGCUGUUGUGGUGGCAGUGACUGCUAACUGUGUAGGACAUGAAGAGUGGCACCUCUGAGCCUGCUGGCUGUCACAGCUGGUGGCCUGUGUUCCUGAGGGGCUGUCAGGCGCCCCUGCGGCUGAGCAUCAGUUCUGGGGGCGCCUUUCCCCUUCCCUCAUGGAAGUACAAGCAGUGCUGUCCCAUAUACAGCUUUCUCGAGCUGGGCUAUGCUGCUGGCUGGGGUGGGGGGGCAGCUUCUUUGUGCUGCUCUGUAAAUGCAUGGCUGCUGGAAGCUAAGACAGCCAAAACUCCACCCCUCGAAGUUUAAAGAUUCUUUUAUGCUGGCAGUUGACAUGCUAAACCAAACUGCUUAUCUGCUCCCUGAAACUUUACUUCCUAAUGGAAAUUCUCAGGACAGUUCAAUUCAGAAAGCUUGGGUCAAAGAGUGAAGUCUAUACUGUUGUAAGCUAAGUGAGCAUUAACUGAAAUACUGGUAACCAGAGUACACCUAAUAAAAUAAUGAAAAAAUUGGUCAUCACAAUGCAAUCUGUUCAAUACUACAGUGAUCUUCCUUACUUUGUAACUUUUUUUUUAAAGCAAAUAAAGGCCAUCCUUACACUUAAUGUCAAGGGAUAUCUCUGCUCCUUAUCCAAAAAGAAAGCAACAGUGACACUAAAGGGUAAAAAGCAGGUCUUCUGCUAUUUCAAGGACCAUUGAAUAAAACAUAAUUAAAAUAAUA